GCGUCGGGUUAGAAGUGAGAGUAGUGCUAGCUUGGCUAGUUUUUUCUUGAGAUAUGUCUUCUAGUGCAUACACUGAGUCUGAUGAAUUUGAUGAGGACCUCAUGUCCGCUAGCAGCAUGGGAGACGAAGAGGCGGCUGCUCUUAUGAGAGACCUGGAGCAGUCCGUGAGUUUUUCCAUCGGUAUCCUCCCAGAAGGUUUGAGCGAGGAAAAGCUCGUAAUUGAACUCGCUUCUGUCCUCCUCGGCCUGACGAGUGAAGACCCAGAGAUCAAAUUGAAGGCUCUCCAGAACUUCUUCAGGAACCUCACAGGGGUCAAGGCUGAUCCAUGUGGACAGCUGCCUGAAGAACUGAUUGGACGUCUGGUGGCAGUGACUUGCCUCUGUGCUUUAGAUGAGAACAGAGAGAUCAGGCAGAUGGCGGCAGAAGUCCUGUGUGAGCUCCUGCCCAUCCUGCGCCGUGGAGAACAGAGGCUGAUGUAUACACCUUGGGGCAAAGACCUGGUAAAACGAGCUCUCUCUGCCCUGGGACCAACUAGAGAACCCAACCCUUCUUUCUUCAGCGGAAACUGCUACAACCUUGCAAUGGUCUUCGGUGGAUUCCUCUCCUCCGAGCAGCUCCUGGAGGUCAUGCAUUUCUUGGGAGGGGAUCUGACCACUGAAGGCUCAUUUGACCUCCUAAACGUAUUCCACCUGCUGUGCGAGGUCAUAAAGCAGUUCAGCGGCAAGUCAAUGUGGUUGGAGGAACUUCUGGACCACUUGUUCAUCCGGCUGAAGGACAGAGUCCCACAUGGUCAAGACGUAGCCUUGCUAGCCUUCCCCAUCUUGGCAGUAGAUCAUCUUGAGGAGGUGGUGCUAUACCUCCUCAAACACCCUUUCAGCAAGUGCCAGGAGUACUGGCAGGCAAUAUUCAAUGCUGCUGACCACAGCCAGAUACUUGUUGAGGUGGCAAAAUGGAUGCCGGAGUGCAGCAGAGUUGCGACUCGUGCAGUCCGGGUCCUUUUCUUAUUCCUUAAGUCUAGUGACAAGCAAGCUGUGAAGGAGAGGUUUCCACACCUCUUACUUGCCCUGCUGCAACAGAUCUAUGAACGGCUGGAGGAGAAUCGGGGUGUGAUUGAGAGCCUGGAAACUCUGCACCUCCUCCUUAGGACUGUUGACAUAGAGGAGGAGAGUCUGAGGGAAUACCUGGACCACUUUGGCAGGCCAGAAGGCUUCAGCCACGGACUAUCCAUUUUGGUGAGCAUACUCAUCGCUAAAGGUUCGUGGUCAACCCCAGCCCUGGUACACUAUAUUGGUGAUAUUUUUGAAGGCAAACAAACAACUCGCCUGCCUGAAAUAGCACUGGACAUCUACCUUGAGCUGUUCAUAAACCAGCACAUCGUGGAGGCCAACCAGGAGACGGUGGAUUUCAUCUUCAACUGUCUUGGCCAUGACAACGCUCAAGUACAGAAGCUAAGCCUCCAGGGGAUCGCUCUUCUGUUCAAUUCAGAAGUGGACCCUUGGACUAUAUCGGUGGCUCUCUUAAGCUCACUGGGAAUGGCAUGCAAGCCAGAUGUCAUUCCCGAGCUAAUGAUGCUGGUGGAAAUUGCCCUCCACAGUGUCAGUGGAGAGAGAGGAGAGGCCUAUAUGAGGAAGCUGGCAUCCGUCUACUGUGGCUACAUUGCCCACGAGAAAGCCAUGGUUCGAGCAGCAGCCAUUGAACAUCUUGGGAUGCUUCGGGCCAGGUUUGGGGAGCAAUGGCCUCCAUGUAUACCUGAGGAAGGCCUGUAUGAGCUUGUGAAUGUUUUGAUUCACUUGGAGGAUGAGGAUGAGGUGGCUGAGGCAACAAAGGCCACUCUGAAACAGCUGGUCCCAGAGGUGAGGUGGCGGGUAGACCCCAAAACCUAUAGCCUCCAUCGUGUGCUCCAUCAGGCGGCCAAAUAUGUGACAAAAAAGUACAAGAAGGAUCUGGUGCGUGGUGCUGCCUUCAGCUGCAUGCUUCCUUCCUCCAACAAUCUGCCAGCAGUCUCAAGGGUGGCAGCACUCUUUGUCGGACACCUUGCUCACAAGGAUGCAACCUUCAUCACGUUGGAGGAUAUGGGCUCUUACUGUACAUGGCUUGAAGGGAUGGCCGAGCAUAAUGAUGAAGAGGUGCGGCGUGCAGGAGAAAGCACCAUUUGUGUCAUGCAAAAAGCCGUUAAUGACCAUACUAAAGGGAGAGUCCACACACUAAAGAAAAGGUUUAUCCGGCAUGUGAAAAAAGAAAGAUGCCCCAAAGACUUCAAACACUCAGUGCCUGGUGAGUGAGGAACCACCAUUGUAGCACAACUCCACUGUCCCUGGGGCCUGUGAGGGGAA